UACAAUGUCGAUUGACGGAUUAAUACGAGAACUCCUCCUCCACACACCAUGAUCUUGCUUAGUGUAUACAAUCACUAGCUUAUUGACUUCCGCAUUUGUUUUGUCAUUUUUGCUUACAAUAUUGAAAUUAGAUGUUUGUUGUUCUGAUAUAAUCUACGUCUAAGGAGCAAAUUAUCCUCAGUGUAUAUCGUUACACAAUUAUUUGCGAUGGGUCUUUGUCACUGUUCGUGUGUAAAGAACCCAAGAGAUCCAUCUUCUCCUAGAAAAGGAGCUAGCCCGAACCACCGGUACGGCGGCGGCUCAAGCAAUCCAGCGUCGGUACACUCGCCAAGCCCAGCAAACAGAGGUAGCCUGCCUGGAUGGAAUACAAACUCAAGUACACCGAACCCAAGUCCGAUACAUUAUCCAAAUGCUAAUCUUAUUCCAGAUAAUUUGAAAAUAUAUAUUGCUUUAUUUGACUAUGAUGCUAGAACAGCAGAGGACUUGAGUUUUAAAAAAGGAGAUCAUUUGGAAGUUGGAAACGACACCGGUGAUUGGUGGCUAGCCCGGUCUCGUUCCUCAGGAAAGGAAGGAUAUAUACCAUGUAAUUAUGUAGCGAAAGUUCAGUCUUUACAGUCAGAACCGUGGUUCUUUGGGAAAAUUAAACGAGCAGAUGCUGAGAAGAAGUUAUUGUUACCACAAAAUGAUCAUGGAACAUUUCUAAUUCGAGAGAGUGAGAGCAGAAAGGAUGAUUACUCUUUAUCAGUGCGAGAUGGUGACACUGUGAAGCACUAUAGGAUUCGUCAACUAGAUGAGGGCGGGUAUUUUAUAGCUCGACGAUGCACAUUCCGUUCAUUAGCAGAAUUAACACAACACUACAUGCGAGAUCCAGACGGUCUAUGUGUAAACCUUAGAAGACCCUGUGUGUUGUUAGAGAAGCCACAGACUGUUGGCCUAUCAUACAAUACCGUUGACCAGUGGGAAAUUGCCAGGACAUCACUGCAUCUGACCAACAAACUGGGAUCUGGUCAGUUUGGAGAAGUAUGGGAAGGUCUAUGGAACAAUGUUACACCAGUUGCAAUUAAAACAUUAAAACAAGGAACAAUGAAUAAAGAGGAUUUUUUGAAAGAAGCAAUGAUAAUGAAGAAGUUACGGCAUCCAAAACUUAUUCAAUUGUAUGCAGUGUGUACCUUAGAAGAACCAAUAUACAUUGUAACAGAACUUAUGAUCAACGGGGCCCUUCUUGACUUUUUACAAAACAGUAAAGGGAGGUCAAUGAAGCUUGCAGAAUUGAUUGAUAUGUCAUCCCAGGUUGCAUCAGGUAUGGCCUAUUUAGAAUCACAGAAUUACAUCCACCGGGAUCUUGCAGCAAGGAACGUCCUCGUUGGUGACAACAACAUCUGCAAAGUAGCAGAUUUUGGUCUAGCAAGGAUAAUAAAGGAUGAUAUAUAUGAAUCACACGUUGGUGCUAGAUUCCCUAUCAAAUGGACAGCACCAGAAGCGGCCAACUACAACACUUUCACGGUCAAGUCUGAUGUGUGGUCGUUUGGUGUCUUGCUGUCGGAGAUUGUCACAUACGGCAGGUUGCCAUAUCCAGGCAUGACAAACAAGGAGGUACUAGAGGCUGUAGAUCGUGGUUACCGUAUGCCUUGUCCGCCAAGCUGUCCCGAGGAUCUCUACUCAAUAAUGUUGGAAUGCUGGAAGCAGAAUCCGAUCGAGAGGCCGACGUUUGAGACCUUGCAGUGGCGUCUGGAAGAGUUCUUCACAAUCGAUCCUACAGUUUAUCAUGAUCAGGGCGUUAUACGAUGAAACACUGUUAGCCAUUAGGCAACACGCUGUGUCCGAGCAAUGCUGAUACUACGACAACGGCAUGAUGUACUGACCGAAUAAAAAUUGUAAAGUAUUAAUUUGGUAAAAAAGAAGAAAGUCAACAUGGUAUAUAAGACUGAUUGUUGUGAACUUUUUAUACCAAUUUAAAAAUCAACUUAUAUCUUGUUGAAUAUCUUGUUCAUGCUGUCUGUGUUGUUCUUGAACAAUGAGAACAAUUUAUUAACUGAGCGUUCUGAAAUUAUUUAGCAUUUGUUUGUAGGAGGAAAAAGUAUUUUAAGUACACAGACAAUAUAUACACAACUGGUAAUUAAGCCUGUUAACAAAAAGAUGAUGGUUUGUUGACAGAAUAAAAUGUAUAUUUGGUCAUUUAUUAAUUGUAUUAGCUCAUAAAUUCUUCUCAUGUGAAAUGAAUUUGAUCAUAAUAAUCAAAUGGACUCUUUUCUUAAAGAAGUUUCACUGAUUAUUUUAUUAAUAAAGUAACCGCAUUACUUUUUAAGUUUGUGUACUAAUACAGAAUAUUCAGUGAAUAAAUAGUCAUUGAAAAUAAGGCUGUGAAUUUUUAAGAAACUUUUUCUGAAAUUUUAAAUAUUUUAAGUAGACACCUGAAAGAAAUUGUAAAAUAUUUAAAAUUGAUGUUAAAUUCCAUGUUAAGAAUUAUAAUAUAUGUCACUCUCAUGCUGGUGAUAGUUUUUUAAUGUUUUUUUUUGUAUAAGAAUGUACGAUGUGUAAGAUUUAUUCUUACCAUAGUUGCAACACGGAGGAAUAUCAGCUGGAGUUUCAGCAAGAAAAAUGUAAUAAAUUUUCAUGCUGAAUCUUCAAAAUUUAAUGAAAACAAAAACAAAAAGACCACUGUUCAUUUCCAUGCACUAAAGACAUUCCAGUUUUACACUUGGACAACAAAUUCUGACAUGGGUUGCCAAAUAUUUUAAUUUUCUUCAAUUUGUAUGCAUGCUUGUCUAGUGAUUGUACAAUAUUAUUGUAUUUCAAAUUUCAUAAAAACGCCAACAUAUUUGUAUUCUCUUAGCUGAGCUCCUAGGCCACUGUUGAAUAUUAUAAAUGAAUCCAAAAUUCUUCAUUUCAUCCCUAGAUUGUUGGGUCAACACUUCUUUCAGUUUAAUAAUUCUAUUCUCGCCUGUUUUCAACUAUAGAUGCGAGAUGUAUAGUUAUACUAGUACAGUAUCUGUUGACUAUUACCCUUGUUACAUGAAUUUUCAGGAAAAUGUAGUUUAAAAAAAAGGAAGUAUUGACAUAAAGUAGUAAUGGGUAAAAAUGUGGACGAAAAGUACUGUAACCCACGUGGAAGAAAACCCCAUUGUUGGGCUACUGUAUACAAUUUUCCAAAUUAGCAUAUUUUGUGCUCAUAAUGAAGAAAGCCUUGGAAAUUUUGUAGAUAGAUGAUGAAAUUUAUUACUGACUCAUUUUUACUUGUGUGAAUAGAGAACAAAUUUUAACCAUGAAUAAGAAACAGGAAAAUUUUAAUAAAAAUAAAAAUGAACAAAUUUUAGGCACAAUAUGACUUGUAUAAUUUAUAAUUUUAUUCUGGCGAAGCUGUAUAUUUAAAGUAGGAAGAUUGUUUAAUCCUCAUUGUAUUCAUUAUCAUUAUAUACAGUACUUAUUCUUUGUUAUUAGCAUAACACAUUAUUGAUCAUUUGAGUUGUGUUUAAGGAUAUAUCUAGGUUAGAAAGAGGCUGUGCCCUUGCAACUAAAAUUAUAUUAUAUGUUAUCAGGUGAGGCUUUUUGUAUACCUUGGUUAGCAAACUUGAUUUUAAAAUGAUUCUACAAAAAUCAUCUGGGCAGAUGACAAAAAUCAAAAUGAAAUGUUAUUGACAUAAAAGAAAAAGCAUGAGUUAACAAGUAUUGAGUGUGCCCUUACCCUUCCUCGAGAUCCCAUUACAUUUGUAUAAGAAUACGAUGUGGAGAUGUAAGCAUUUUCGACUGAGAAUUAAUUUUCUUAUCGAAAGAUAUAAUAGCUGUGGAGUGGGGGAUAGAAAUAUAGAAAGGAACAUUUAUUAUUUUCUGAAACAAUUUUCCACAGUGCAGGUGCGCUAACAACAGGCCAAAAUAUAAUUUUUUUGGAAUACUCUUUUAUCGGCUGAUGGUGGGUUUGCAAAACUUGGUACGGUAUAUACAGAUCUAGCCUAAAUUAAUAUAUUAUUAUGUAUCUGAUUCAUAAAUACAACUUGGUAGCACACUUUUAACUACAAAUAAAUGAAAGCAUGUGAGCCAGUUUCACUGUAAAACAUGAUUUUAUUGCUGGCCGCUAUGGAAAUUUGCAAUUUAGUCAUAUAUAAUAGCUACCUUCCGGCACAUUCUGGGUAAGACGGUUUCUGUCAGCCUAGGGGAAUAAGCUAUGGUGGUGGUUCUGGAGGUGCUUAAAGAAAUUGGCAGUUUUGGGCCAUUUUAAAUUCAUGGUCAUAUAUAAAAGUUACAGUGGUGGCUAAGAUAGUUUCAGUCAGGGCCCAAGGGGGAUAAGCUCUGGUGGGGGUUCCGAAAGUGCUUAGAAAAAUUGGCAGUUUUGGGCCAUAUUUUAAAGGGCUCAACACUUGCAUUUUUAAAAACUUUAAAAAGGAAUAAGAAACGUUAAUAAUAAAUUGACUUUGUAUUCCCUGUUCUGCCAGAUUAGUACCAGUUGAGCUACCACAUAGGGAGGGGGGACUGUGUAAAAGGUCACAAAAUUCUACUUUCCAUAAAUUGGUUUUAUGAAAUGGGGUUUAUUUUCUAUCCCCAUUUACUUGAUGGAACAACGCUUUAUAAAAUUAGUGUCUAUAUGAGGCUUUGGAAAUGGAGUUAUUUUUAGUUGUGAAAAAAAGUUUUGUUGUAUUUGAAUCCAAGACCCUUGGAUUAGAAGGCAAUCAUCUUAACCACUAAGCAAUAAUACUCCACUUCACUGGAUGUAAACUCUCUGUUUAUGACCAAUUACAAGUUUUCUUUGUUUGAUUCUGUACUUCGAGAGUGAAGUAAACAAAACUAAAAGUGUUUACAUAUUUUAUGAAACAAUUAUUGAUAAUAAUUUACAUAAGCAAAAGAAAUGUUUACAUCCUUGUUAAAUUGACAUGCACACUAGUUACUGUUUAUGUUAAAUUCAUGGCCUCCUCCCUCUCUGUUACCUUUAUUUCCUAAAGGGUUACUUUUACUGAUGUUGAAACAUCAAUAAACAACCCCAUUUUAUUUUGUGGCUAUGUUCAUUCCACUCCACAUGUAAGGAGAAAAGAAAAUUCAUGAGUUUGCAAGGGAUGCAAGUUGGAAGGUGUCAGUUCCAGAACUUUCUAAGCACAUUUAAUUUUGUUUUGCUUUGCACGGUGAUAUCCAGGAGACAAUUGAUAAUUAACAGUAGUAAAAGCAUGCAAAUAUGAAUUUGCAGGAGAUGGAUUAUUUUCUAGGAGAUUUUUCUUGUUUGCAGGAGUAAAGGAGGUAUUUCCGAAUUUGUUGAGACUCCCUUGUGGGACUCCUGGAUUUACAGUUGAAGAAAUGGUGGGAAAAUACAUUGAUAUUGAUUAAACGUGUGUGUUGAAGCCAGUAAACAUGUACUGUACAUAGUAUUAACUGGUACCAAUUUAUAGCUAAUGAAACCUUUGGUAUUCAAACUCAGAUUCUAGUCUAUGCAUUGUAUUUAUUUGGUAUUAUUAUUACUAUUAGUAAUAUAAUUUUUUUAAAAUUGUUUAAUGAUGUUAUAAUGUCUGCUAUACCUUAAAUAUUAUUGUAAAACUUGCAUGUACAAUACUCAAACUUCCAAGAUAGUCUGUAUUGUUUAAUGGCAAUUAUUAAUUGAAUAUAGAAUCCAUGUUUCUUAUUUAUUGAUUUAACAGUAGUAUUUAAUUUCUUAUCAGCUCAACCUCCAUAAGCACCUUAGCAACAAUUUAAAAUUUUUGUAUAGGCACUAUAUAAAUUGCAAUUGAUUAAAUGUAAUAAUAUUAUACAGUAUAAUGCCUAAGUCAAUUUCUUGUAAGAAACUUCCAUCCAACUGUAGUUUUUAUUUAUUUUUUGUUGAAAUAGGCUCAUUAUUUUUCUUUGACUGACUUUUUUCUGAAGAAAAAGAAAAGAAUUACAGACUUCUCAAGUUCUACAAAACUUUUCCAUAGUUGUUUUGUCUAAUCAUGGACGUACGGAAAUAUCUAAAAUCCAGAACAAUGAUUUUUCUAUCAGGACCUUUGUUUAUGUUUUCCCUGUAAUACUCAGACUUGUCAGAUUACUGAUAAAUUUUUGUGCUAUUAACAGGCUGGUAAAAUUUGGACACCUGUACCUGCAUGGUGUGGAGUCAUUCAAAUGCUGUCAACAAACUUAACUGGCCGGUCAGAAUGUGUUAUUUAAUAGACUGACAUUGGCAACAAUGUCUAAGCUUAGCGUAUUUGUCCUUUUUGCUUCGUACACUGUAUCGGCAUCUUACACUAUGUUCUCUAUGAGCUGAAUCUAUGAACUACCUGUUUUCAAAUAAACUAAUUGUAAUGGGGCUAACCAUUUUUAGCAUAAUUUUUUCCAAGCAUGUUAAUCCUGCUUUGUAGGUCAAUUUUUUUUUUUUUGUUAAACAUGAAUAUAAUAUAAUAUAUAUAUAUUUUUUUUGUUACACCUUUAUGUUUAUUAUACAAUUUAUGCAACAAACUGGACAGGGAUUCCUGACAAUGUGCUCUGUUUUAUUAAUUCCUUUAUGAUUAUUAAAACUUUAUUAAUGUCUUUAAUUUUAACUUAUGUAUUUUACAGUAGAUCAUUAUGAUUAUUUAGGUUCUUUAUGUAAAAGAAUCUCUUUGCUAUGUCUUUCAGAUGUUUUUAAUAGUGGUGCAUGUAUCAGAAUCAAAGACGACUACUGAUGAUAAAUAAGUAUAUAAAACUAUUGUGUCAUCACAAUUUCUAUCUGUAAAUUAAUAAUUAUUUAUUAGGUCUUUAUUGUCUUUUUCCUCCAAUUUGAUACACAAAUCAACACUACUAUGAAAGCGUUGUUUUUGUUUUUAAGGAUGUUGAUGUCUUGGGUUCCUGAAGUUACCUUUUGCUUCCAAUUGUAUGAUGUAACUAGAGCAUAACAUGUGCAACAAUGAAGGAACAUUUGUACAAACUGUACAAUUUUAUUGUAUCUUUAUAGAGAUUAGGUGCACAUGGAGCUAUUAUUGUUCCAUGAUGCGGUUAAUGAUCAGAAAAUGACUGAAGUUUGUAUUGAGAUAUGACAUUAACCAAUUGGCCAUCCUCAUACAUAUUUGUUGUAUGGAAUCGAUUUGAGGGAAGAUUUAGAGAACUGGCAGAUGAUAGGCUAUUUUCUACCUGAAUAUUCAAGAAGGGCUCUAGAACUGCGUAGAUUUCAAACGCUGCCCUCUGUGUGGGCACAGUCAUUACAUUGUUACUAUUGUAGAAGAUGUUAAUUUUGUUUAUUAACUGUGUCCAAUAGUGUGCAUUUUGGAAGUGAUAUGGACAAUUGUACUAAGUUUUGGUGUGGAAAAUGUUGCCAGAUUUUAAACUUUUUAAUUGAAGAUUUAUUUAUUUUUGUUUUAAAAAAACAUGUGACAUGCCUAAAUAUGGUUAUGUGACAUCACAUUAUAACCUUAUAUAGGCACGUCAUGACUAUAUAUGGGCAUACAAGAAAAUUUGAUAAUGUGGACACCAGCUUAACUGGUCACAAAGACUGAGAUCUUAAAACUGGUUUGUUUAAGCAUUAUUUUGUAUUGUUAUACUGGAAAUUUUAUUAUUUGAUUAUACCAAAAAUUGUAACCAUUACAUCUUAAUAGUUUCUUUAAUACUUCUUGGUAUUAUUAUUAUUAUUAUUAAUAUUAAUUUUCUUUGCAUACAGUACAUAUUUACAAUUAUGUUUAUUAAGUGUUCAUUAAAAAUGUAUUACCUCCUGAUAAUGAAAUUACUAUAAAGUCAUCUUUAAUGUUUAAAUAAGCUUUUAAUUGAAAAUUAGAUUUGGGAAGAAAUACCUGCUUCUAUGUUUUUUAAUGUAAAACCUUAAAUUAGCUGGAACCGGUAAUCUGAAACAGGUAAUCAGUAAAAAGUAUGUGAAUCAGAAAACACCUUUUUUUUUGGUCUGUGUCUCAUCGUAACUUAUUUGGAUUUGAUGAAUUUUGAAGGCUGUUCCAUACUUUGUAACACAUGAUAUAUCUUUAAACCCUAAGUCAUCUAUGGAGUAUUUACAAUUGCAUGGUGACUGGCAUGGGUGUAUGUUUACCUCCUCAACCAAUUUAGGUAUGAAUGACCUCGUACUCGUAGGGAAAUACUGUAGAAGGUUACGUUUGCACUUCUGACUCUUGCCAGACUUGAACAUGUCAGGGUGUCCACACUAGGGGGAAAAUGCCUGGAAGUAUGCGCUGACAACACCAUACCAACCCUUAAAUAACAAAACAACAUUUUCUGAUUGGUCAACAUGUUCACAUAGAGCUGAACAGAGAAACACCAGACAUGAGCAGUUUUGUGUGCACCAGCACAAGCUCAAGCCACUGUUGACGCGCUUAAAUUAUUAUGCGACUCAUGCUUUGGUGCAUGUCAUGUAAAUAAGGAAGAAAUACAGUAAAGUUGUAGAUCUUCCUCAAAAACUGUUUGAUUCGCUGAAUGGGUCACCGGCAUGUUUUAGUUUGCAAUAAAAAGGGAGGAUUACAUUGUCAAUAAUAAUAAUUGUGGAGGCACCCAUGGUGCCACAGGUGUGUACGUAGUUGGAAUCAAAAUGUUGAAGUUAGUAGCUGAUGGAUUUUUGGGUAGAUUGUUGGCCUGUAAAUUCAGCAAGGUUAUUAGAUACCGUAUUGUUUAAAACUGUGGAUAAAAGUGAAAGCUGGCAUAACCAUGUUAGAAUAAAUUGCAAGUCUGUAAGAACCUUCUGAAAAUGUAAUUUUUUUUUUCGUAUUUUGUCUGGUUAAGGGGAAAAUCAUUUGGGUGGGGAACAAGGCCAUUUGGGUGGGGAGGAUGGAAAGGAUAAGGCCAUCUGGAUGGGAUCAUAUUUCUCAUUCACGCAAGGUAAAUAAGUAAUGUGUGAUGAUUUCUUUGAUGUGUUUUUUGAAAUUUCCAAUCAUUAAAAGCACAUUAUAAAAUUGA